CGAGAAGCGACGCAUAGCGACGCAUUGUGCCAUGCUUGACGUUUGACGCAUUGUGACGCCAUGACCAAAUGUCUCGUUCUAAGGCCACAGAGAGGAACGAAGCAUGGAGAACGCCAACCUGGUGCAAGGUGCGCUCUCUUCACACUCUCCUGUAUCAACGCUUUGAACUUUGCAGAUCGCUACGUGCCAGCUGCGGUGAAGACUUCUAUGGAGAAGGACCUUCAAAUCAAUGACUGGCAAAGCGCUCUGCCUUCCAUGGCCAUGACUGCAGUCUUCACGGUGGCUUCCUUAAUCUUUGGUUUCCUGGCGGAUCGGGAGAUCCUGGAUCGAAGGUGCCGAGCUAGGACGCUACGAACGGAGCAAAGGGCAUCGCUACUAGGAGCAAGGGCCUUACUAGUAACAAGAAUUAGAAUAAAAUUCAAAGUCAGAAUGUCUUUCUCCAUUUUUCUCCCCCUCCUCGACAGGAUCAUCCUGGCCUCCGGUAU